AUGGACACCGACUCAAUCGUAUCGAUGGAUCAUUUACUUCAACAACUACUGGCCGACUGUCCAAACAAUCAGCCGAUUAACCAAUCGGUUAGUAGUCUAAUAGAUGACGACACGGCACUGGUGAAACAACUGAUGAUUGCAUGUGUCGGCGGAUAUUAUUAUUAUUGUCGACAACAACACCCACACCCAUACCUACACCCAUACCUACACCCAUAUCAUCGACAACAACAGCGACAACAAAUCAUUGGACAGUCAUCUACUAAUAGUUUAUCUACCCGUCCCUUAUCAUCAUCACUAUCAGCAACAUUGUUAGGACAGUGGUUACCAAUCCUGCGAAUCGGUUAUACAAUUAUUGAACCGGAAGAUAUUGAUCGACUAAGGAAACAGUCGGCACCCAUGUAUGUGGCUGUCAUGGGUUGGGACGGUUCCCGUGGAACGGGAUGUAUAGUAGGCCAUCAUCAUCACCGAUCGGUUAUGAAUACGGACACAUUUACUGUUCGGGUACUGACCUGUGCGCACGCUGUCUGCCUGCAGCUACCCGUCCAGGUCUACGGUAUCCGUAUAUCUGGCCCGACUGGUCAAACAGGACGGGUAGUCCUGAUGGAUCCGGGACUAGAUCUGGCACUGGUCGAGAUCAGUGUCGAUUCAGCCGCUAGUAUACUAAACUUUCAGUGGCUGCCGACCACUGCCGACGGCGCUUUCGACGGCCAGUUGUUUGGCCAACCAGUCCUGGCGUUCGGGUUUCCCACUGAUAGCUACAAUCUGUGUACGGGUUUGGUUAGCUGUCCGGCUGGCCAACGGUUUGCUGAAGAAAACUAUAGACAUUUUGCUGCCGCACGUCAUGUUGAUCUAACCUCCCAACACCUACACUACCCCAUACCGGAUCAGCAGUCAUGUGUGUGUGCAUAUGUGAAUGUGUGUGUGUGUGUAUUUAUUAGAAAAGGCCGACAUAUUUAAUGACAGACAAUUUCAGAGACGUCGGUUAGAGCACCGGCCUAUCAGAUUGGGCUACGAGUUUGCCUACUAUUUUGAUUCAUGCAGUCUAACCGAUAAAAUUAUCGAUACCGACGGCAAUGCUUCACUGGAACCGACCGAUGAAAUUGUUGAACUAAAUGGACAAUUGAUUGAAUCGUUAGACCAUUUCAUCCAAUUGUUAGACCAAUGUCCAGACAAUCAACCGGUUAGCCUAACAGUAUUAUCCAUAGAGGAUAGCCAACUGUCCCAACCAACCAAAACAGCACGAUUGAUGCCAACUGAUGGACUGACCAGUGUUUAAGACAUACACC